AUGGCGGGAGUAGGAGUCAAGCCGCAUGCUCGCGGCUCGAGCUCCUCGAAUCCUAUCACACUCACCGAUUCUUCCGCUUCAGCACCUUCACCUCCAGACGCAAACAAGAUUCAGCCGCCCUCCAUUGCCAACUCUCACAACAAAAUCGCAAUCCCAUGCAAUGGGCAAUACCUAGUCAACAAUGACGCACCAUGGCAAACCCGUCGUGAACACACAUCGGAAAUCAUACAGUUUGUGGAGAGUCUCUUUAAGGCCAAUCCCAUUAUGCGAAUGGUCGCCAAAAAACACGGAGACUUCGCACGUAAGACUGCACGCACAAUCCAGAGAAUGAUCCAUUCGGAGAUGAAUCAAGAUCCCCCAAUUGACUGGCAUUUCCGAGCCGAGACCUUGUUCCAUGAAAUUGCAGUAAUGACCAAUAUCCACCCGCUGGUUACAUGCGCUUUCAAGCUUCCGCUUCUAGUGCCAGCUCAGGACGUUUACCUAGACAUAUAUGAACUUCGGCGAGAACUACACGCGAUCUUUCAGAAUUGGAUUGACGAACAAUCUUUCCAUUUCAGAUUGCUUCGGAGAAUGCUGAUCUGGAUCCACUUUGCCAGGAGAGAACUGUGUGCCAGAGAAAUGCAGCAUGCGGUGAUACUCUCAUUCUCUGGAUAUCCACACCAAGAAUAUCCUCAACUUACAUUUCAAGAACUAAACUGGAUCGGUGGCGGCUUUAUUCACUUCUCCGAUGACCGAUGCAAAAUCUUGAUACCAGAAAAUCUCAGAGUCUCCCUCCGGGACUACUUCCGUCAGUAUGGGGAAGCCUUCGACACCUACCGCGACAUGGGGAUGGCUUGCUUGACUUAUAUCAAUCGGACACUUGCAAUGAGUGAUCUUUGUCCUGACAACGAGUCCUUGGAUAACCGCGUCCGGAAUUUCCCUCUCUUGCCGUAUGCAGUUGAGAACUGGCAUUACAAUGUUCCUUCAGCGUACAUGGAGAACGCUGCUGAUUACCUUUACACCGAUAGGAUCAUUGCGUGCAUGAUGCAGAUUGAAAGCAAGAUUCGGCUUCAACACCUUCCUGACCAAAACAUCAACCAAGAUUUGAGCCAGCACUUCCAUUGGAACACCACUAGACUGUCUUACGCGGCAUCUAUUGGCAACUGCGCUCUUGCCGCCGUCUUCCUCUAUCGCAAUUGCCCUCCGAAUGACAAUAUGAGUCUCCAGCCACCUCUUGUUGCAGCCGCCAUGAGAGGGAACUUGGAUGUUGUGCAGGUGCUUCUAACUUGGGGUGCAGAUGUCCACUUCGCUGAUUUUGCUGGUCGGACUGCUCUUCACGCUGCGGUGUUCAAUGGCCAUAUCAGAAUUGUCGAUUAUCUCCUAUCUGUACGCGCAGAUGUCAAUUGUCAUACGAAAGAUGGAAUGACGCCUUUGAUGGCAGCUGUCUGCAAUGGAAACAUCCCACUCGCCAGGACACUUUUCUAUUGUGGGGCAAAAGUCUAUCUCGUGGCAGCGGAUGGACAAACUGCUCUGUCGUACGCUCUGAUGAAACCAGAAUUGUUGGACCUCGCAAUCGAGAUGAUUUUGGUGGAAGAUACACGGCAAGUUUGGCCUUCAAACCAGAAUGCCGACAUCACUUUGUAUGAGGCUUUUGGCGAACUCAGAGAUCCUGUUGCUCGUACGCGACUCGUUGCUUGCAUUCAGCAGCUCGAGACAACAAUGCGUCGUCGUGGUUCACCAGAGGAGCAGAGAGCAUGGGAUGGGAGCUUUGUGCGGAAGAUCCUUGACGAGAUCACUGACGAAAACGAUCUGAAAGCCACGGCGGCGAGUAUCACUCGGCGACGCAAGUCAGGGGGCAUGAUAGUACCUUUGAGCAACAAUUUCCGCCGGAGAUAUAUGCUCAAUGGUCGUGUUGGCAAAGGUGCAUUCUCAAGCGCAUGGAAAGCCAUUGAUUUGGGGACGGGGAGACUCGUCGCUAUAAAAUUCUUGCAUUGCCCCAAGGAUGCCGUCACCAGAGAAGAUGCAUUCAAAGAGAGCAAAUUCAUGUCUGAAGCACAACAUCCGAAUAUCUUGAAAUGCCUUGGCUCGAUGACAAUUCAUGGUGACCCCGUAAUUGUUACGGAGUUUGCGCAAGGAGGCGAUCUUUGGCAUUAUUUGGAUAAGGGGUUUUCUCGUGGUCUUCUCAAUGAGGUUGCCAGGAGAAUGUUCCGAGAGGUUAUGGAAGGAUUGGCCUAUCUGCAUUCUGCAAACGUGGUUCAUAGGGAUCUCAAAACCAUGAAUAUUCUGGUCUUUGCGAACAAUCAUGUCAAGAUAGCAGAUUUUGGCAAUAGUAUACAGAUACCAGCGCACCAUAACGGAUAUGUCCGCCAUAUUCCAUGCACGCCAACACACAUCGCCCCAGAAGCCAUUAGAGACGAUCCAACUCGCGAGAAAUGGAUUCUUGCCAAGCCUUGCGAUAUUUGGUCCGCCGGCGUCUGCCUCUAUGAGAUGCUCGCAGGCAAGGAACCAUUCAACUUACAGGCAGGGGAAAGGGACCACAGCGGUCUCCAUCGCAGGAUCCGAAGCGGGGACCUCAAGUUCGACGAUGAUGAAGUGUGGGCAUGGCGAGAAGAUCUGGCAAUGCACCUCAUUACUCGGAUGAUGAACUUCGAUCCCAACAAACGACCCACGGCAGAGCAAGUCCUGGCUCAUCCUUGGCUUACUCCGAAUCCUGCUCGACAAAGAAUGUUGGACAUGGAUGGCUUAAGAGCGCCGCAUGCGCAAAAAUCGAAGAGCUUCACUUCGCGGCGGCCGGAAUGGCUUACGCCAAAGCCGAGGACGAGACGGGGUGACCAUUCUGUUAGUGGACAGGCUGAGGAGGAAUUCAACAGGGCGUUUUCUCCAGAUACCCCUCAACAGCCCGGUGGCUCGUUCAGUAAACAAUUGGAGGACUUUCGGAAGAAUGAGGUGGAUUUCUCGGGUUCUACGCCUUCGGAGUAUCUGCCUUGA